AUUUCGAGGUCUUCGAUCCAAUUACGUUCACUCCUCUUCUGGCCUGAAUUCCACUUUCUAUCCAGAUCUUCACGACGCACCUUCUCCUACAUUGAACUCCAGCAACUUUUGCAAGCCGCAGCCAUGGUUGGGCCAAAGGAGUUCCCACCUCUGAGAGUCCGGGCUCUGGCCGCUGAAGUGGUCGCCCUUCUGAAACUGCGCAAAGAGACUGUCAGCGUCGCCGAGACGGCUGCUGGAGGCAUCAUCUCGGCCUCGUUGCUCGCGCAGCCGGGUGCUUCAAAGGUGUUCAAGGGAGGACUGACGCUGUACACCCUCGAGUCAAGAGUUGCGUUCGCCGGCUGGACCCAGGCCGACAUUGACGCCUACCGGGGCCCAACACCACAGGUCGUGCAAGGCCUCGCCGAGAAUGUCCGUGCAAGACUCGGCAGCACGUACACAGUCUGCGAGUCGGGCACCGCAGGCCCGACGGGUGGAAACACGCCGAACCGAACGCCUGGUUACGUCGCCCUGGCCGUCGCCAGCGCGGCCACGACUGACCCCAGCGGGGGAGAGGCCGUCGUGGACACCAAGGAGAUUAGCAACACGGGCAACGGCACCGACCGCGAGGCCAACAUGAUCUCGUUCGCGGAGGAGGCGCUCCGGUUCUUGCUUCAGGUCAUCACGGGGGUCGGUAGUGCACCUGUACCUGCUGGGUCUGGAGGUAGUGCGCUCUGAAAGCGCUGCACCCAGGUAGUUCGUGACUGUUGAAGGCGUCGAGCGGGUGUUUCAGAUUGUCGCGUGUUGUAUCGAGGAAGGCCGAGAUGUGGCUGUCACUAGAUAGCAGCCAGGCUCAACAACCAGAUAUCUGCAUGCCUUUGUGGAAGUUGUGGACGGCUAGGCGCUCACAAGUUGCGAGUCACUCGCGCGAUUGAAAGAUUCCUGCUGUUGUUGAACAGGCAAUAAGGCAGUAGUAGAUUUGUUUGAGAGAAUACUUUAUCGGCCCGAUGAAGUCCGAG